AUGGAAAUAUCUAUAUUAACUUCUCUUUCUAUUUUAUUAUUUCCUUGUUUUUUUUCUUUCUUUUUCCUCCCCUUUUCAUUUUAUUAUUUCUUUUCUUGCUUUUUCCUCUCUUUUUUCUUUUCUUUCUUUACUGGCUUUUUCUUUCCUUUUUCAUUUUCAUUUCUUGAUUCUUCCUCCCUUUUUCAAUUUCUUUCUUUUCUCCAUUCUUUCUCACUUUUUCCUUUUCCUUCUUUUCUUCCUUCCUUUUUCAUAUUUUUUCUUUUCUUGAUUCUUUCUGCCGUUUUUUUUUCUUCGUUCUUCCUCACUUUUACAUUUUCUUUCUUUUCUGGCUUUUUCCUCAUUUUUUUCUUUCCUUUCUGUAUAAGGUUUCCAUCUGUCUAUAUAGGCAGCAUCAGGUUUAAGUGCUUUCACAAGAAAUCAGAAAACCAUUCUCAACUUGAACCUCUUUGCAUAGUCUUGUGA